AUUAUAUAUACUGCAUGCAAAAUUGUCACUCUAUAGUUGAAAAGGCGCAAACCAAUAAUAAAGUCAUUUUGAAAAAAUCAGUGAUAAUUUGGGGGGAAAAAAGGGCGAAAUUAAGAAAGAAAAAAAAAAAAUUAACAAUGAGAUACAGAAGCUCAAUCUUGAUCAGUCUUUUGGUUUUUCAGUAUCUUUCAAUUUUUUGUGUUGCACAGGACUUUGAUUUCUUCUACUUUGUUCAACAGUGGCCAGGAGCAUACUGUGAUUCAAGGCAGACUUGUUGCUAUCCAAAAACUGGGAAACCAGCGGCUGAUUUCGGCAUUCAUGGGCUUUGGCCUAACUACAAGGAUGGCUCUUAUCCAUCAAAUUGUGACCCGGAUAGCGUUUUCGAUAAAUCUGAGAUAUCGGACCUAAUGAGUAGUUUGGAAAAAUACUGGCCAUCUCUGAGCUGUCCAAGUAGCAACGGAUUUAGAUUCUGGUCACAUGAAUGGGAAAAACAUGGUACUUGUUCGGAGUCCGAACUGGAUCAGCAUGACUAUUUCCAAUCAGCCCUGAAGUUGAAAGAAAAAGUUAACCUCCUCCAAAUCCUUAAGAAAGCAGAAAUUGAACCAGAUGAUGGAUUUUACAGUUUAAAAAGCCUUGUCGAAGCCAUAAAAGAGGCAACUGGGUAUGAACCAGGGAUUGACUGCAACAGGGACUCGGCGGGUAACAGCCAACUUUACCAAAUUUAUUUGUGCGUUGACACCUCUGGAUCGGAUAUUAUUAAGUGUCCAGUGCUUCCACGGGGGAGAUGCGCUUCUCAAGUUCAAUUUGCUAAAUUUUAGCGGAUUAGAUCUUCAUUGUACACUUUUUAAUUAUUCGCUAAUUUUAUAUGUAAUUUCUAUUAUCAGUCUUUUCUUCUUCUUUUUUAAUUGACUAGCUCGUAAAAUUUCUUGUCGGCAGUAAAUUACAUCCAAUGAUAAAUUUGAAUACGCGCGGUUUUCAAUUUACUGGCUGAAAUAUGUUUCAA